AUGAAAACUAAACGUAAAAGGAAAACAUCUGUAGCACCACCGAAAAAACAAAAACCUUUCGGUAAAAGGAAAGUGAAAACUUCGAAAACACUACGAAAAAAACUGAAAAUAAUCAAACGCAAGAAGGAACUUCGUUCAAAAAUACUCAAAAAGAAGAAGCCAGGGAAAUCUAAAAUUACGACCAAGAAAAAGUCUCUCAAAAGAAAACCCAAGAAGACAUUACUAAAAAGAGUACCUACGGCAAAGCCGCUGAAAAUUGAGCCCACGAAGAAACCACUGAAAAGGAAACCCAAAGCAAGGUCAUUAAAAGUCAAACCCACGAAAACACAACUAAAAAGAAGACCCAAAACAACGCCGUUAAAAGUCAAACCCAAGAAGACACCGCUAAAAAGAAAACCUAAGAAAAAGCUGCUGAAAGUCAAACCCAUGAAGACACUACUAAAAAGAAGACUCAAAACAAAGCCACAGAAAGUCAAACCCACAAAGACACCACUAAAAAGAAAACACAAGGAAAAGUCACGGAAAAUCAAACCCAAGAAGACACUAUUAAAAAGAAGACCCAAAGUAAAGCCUCUUAGAAUCAAAUCCAAGAGGACACCACUAAAAAGAAAACCCAAGCUAAAGACAUUAAAAGUAAAACCCACGAAGACACCACUAAAACGAAGACUCGCGACAAUGCCGCUUAAAGUCAAACCUAAGAAGACACCAUUAAAAAGAAGACCCAAGGUAAAGUCUUUGAAAGUAGAACCCAAAAAGACACCACUAAAACGAAGACUAAAGGCAAAGCCACAGAAAGUCAAACCCAAGAAGACACCAUUAAAAAGAAGACCCAAAGUAAAGCCUCUUAGAGUCAAAUCCAAGAAGACUCCACUAAAAAGAAGACCCGAGGUAAAGCCUCUGAAAAUCAAACCCAAGAAGACACUACUAAAAGGAAGACUCAAGGUAAAGCCUCGGAAAGUCAAACCCAAGAAGACGCUACUAAAAAGAAGACCCAAGGUAAAGCCUUUGAAAAUCAAAUCCAAGAAGACACCGCUAAAACGAAGACUCAAGGUAAAGCCUAAAGUCAAACCCAAGAAGACGCUACUAAAAAGAAGACGUAAGGAAAAGCAGCAGAAAGUCAAAUCCAAGUCAAGACACACGGCGAAAAAACAAGUACAUGAAGUAAAAGCUGAGAACAUAUUCAAACUAAAACAAGGUAUUCGACGACUCAAUGCAUGUUUCGGUAUCACAUUCGCAAAUGAUAACUGCAUAUCUUUGUUGGGGGAAAACUUGGCAUCUGUAUUAAAAUAUUUAAUUGACGAAGUAAACAAUAUGGAAAUAAACAAAGUGAACCCAACCCAAAUUCGCAAAGCAGUAUUAAACAUUUUUCCUGAUACUUUGAAGAAUUUGGCAGUUGCGCGUAUAAGUCAAGUUAUGAUGCACAAGAGUGUUACUAUAAAGGAUAAAAAAGAGGCCACAGGAAGGAAAAGGAGAAUCGUUUACAAGUCCAAAACGAAAACUUCGCCAAAGAAGAAAAAACCAUUAAAAGAAAUUAAAUCAAAAUCCGUGCCUAAAAAACGUAAACGUGAAUUAAAAAGGGAAGACGAAACGCGUGAAAAGAAAAUCGUUCGAAAAGAGAAAACAAAAAAGAGACUUAUGCCGAAACGGACCGCAAAAAUUAGAAAAUUUGAGAAGAAGAUCGAAAAAGAGUUAACAGAAAAGCGUAAAGCAAAAUCAUUUGUGAAACCGCAAGGAAAAAGGAAACUUACAACCAAGAAGAAACUUUCGAAGCCUUUGAAAUUAACAGUUAAAAAGAAGUCAUUGAAAGUAAAACCUAGACCAAGGAAAAGAACUUGGCGAAAACGAAGUGCAGCAAAAUCUACAAGAAGGAAAAGACCUGAAGAGAAAGAUUUGAUUAAAAAACGCAAGGCGAAAACAAGUGUAAAACAACGAAAAAGAUUGAAACCUACCCCCAAGAAAAAACCUCUGAAGUUAGCAGUUAAAAAGAAGUCCUUAAAAGUUAAACCCAAGCUGUUAAAGAAAAGUACUUUGUUGAAACGAAAAGCGGAAAAAUCUGCAAGGAAAAAACCUAAAUUGAUAAAGAAACGCAAGGCGAAAACACGUGUGAAACCACGAAAAAAACUGAAACCAACCCCCAUAAAAAAACCUCUGAAAUUAUCAGUGAAAAAGAAGUCCUUAAAAGUUAAACCCAAGUUGUUAAAGAAAAGUACUUUGUUGAAACGAAAAGCGGAAAAAUCUGCAAGGAAAAAACCUAAAUUGAUAAAGAAACGCAAGGCGAAAACACGUGUGAAACCACGAAAAAAACUUAAACCUACCCCCAUGAAAAAACCUCUGAAAUUAUCAGUGAAAAAGAAGUCAUUAAAAGUUAAACCUAAGUUGUUAAAGAAAAGUAGUUCGUGGAAACGAAAAGUUGAAAAGAGGAAAAAAUCUACACCAAGAAGGAAAAAACCUGAAUUGAUUAAAAAACGCAAGGCGAAAACACCAGUAAAACCACGAAAAAAACUGAAACCUACCCGCUUGAAAAAACCUCUUAAGGAAACAGUUAAAAAAAUUAAACAUAAGCCUAAAUUUGAACCAACAAAACGUAAGCACGUGUCUUCAGGAAGUGAAGAUGAACUGCCCGUAAAAAGAGUUGCUGGUAAAAAAGGGAUAAAGUAUGUCUUAAAAAAAGUACCAAAACCUAAAGCAGUCAAAAAGCAGGAAAAGCGCAAAGCAGUAAUAUCCGCGAAACCACGUAAAAAACGAAAAUUUACACCCAAGAAAAAAACGAUAAAAGAAAAACCUCGUAGGAAAGCUUUGCAAAUCAAACCAAAAAAGCAAAAGCAAAUCAAGUCUCAAUUAAAACUUUUGCUAAAAGACCAAAAACCGAAAUCUAAAACCACAAGCACGAAUUUUUUCAAACUAGGUGUUAUAAAACUUGGCGAUUUUUUUGGUAUUUCUUUCGCCAGCGACAAUGGAGUAUCUCUCUUUAGCAAAAACUUAGGGACUUUAUUGAAAAAAAUUAUUAAUGAAGUCAAUACUUUAAAAGUAGAAACUAUAAGGCCGGCUGAAAUUCGCCAAGCUGUCAAAAAUAUAUUUCCCGCUCCUUUAAAAGAAUUAGCUAUUGCUCGCUUAAGCCAAGUAAUAAUGAUUAAUAAUUAG